AUGUCUAAUGACGAACCGUGUACAGACGCCGUGAUUGAGCUACACUCUCCAGACCCAACAGAAACGGACGAAACUGUAGAAUUUACGGUGGAGAAAGAGGAUUCAGAUGAGGACGGAUCAGAAGACGGAGAAGAUGGAGCAGAGCACGAGGAGGAGGAAGAAGAUGAGGAAGACGACUUCAUCGCUCGCUCCAAGGCUUCGAACGACCGAUGGGCACAGCUGAUCGCUGAUGCUGAAGCUGAGUUCGAGCUGGAUGAGGGACCUUUAGACGUCGCCAUUAGGGAUAUUAAGUAAGACUUCAGUGGGAUGCAAAAUUUGAUUUUAUCUGUUCAAAUAGUUCUGUGCCCCUUUCAAAACAAGGUUAGAGGCUACAGAAUUAUGUGAAAAAUGCAGCAAAUUUUUGAAGAUUUAAAAUUUUUUACUAUUUUUGAUAAAAUUUACUGUCAAAUAAGCUUGUAGUAUGUUAUACUACAUUUUACCGUUAUUUUUUGUCUGUUUUGUUAAUUUAUGAUUGAUUUAAUAAUGUUUUAGACAAGGAAACCUGUUGAGGAGGAUUACAGUAAUCCGCACCCUGCCCUCUUUAAUUAAAGACGAAGGCAGUAAAGCGAUCGAAAAGUUAUUACCGGUUAUCCAGGUAAGUAAUUAUACUUUUGUGAUAAAAACGGUAACUUAUAGGUUGUUCAAAUAAUUCUGAGCCCCACUUAAAUCAAGUUUUCUAAUAAUGAUAUUAUAGUAGCUCAACCAAUAUUUUGAUUUUAUUCCAGAACACGUUAUCAUCAGACGCCUCGCUAGACCUGCAUGCCGAAGCCAUCGCCGUGUACUCGGGCUUGAUCAGGGACCGGGCCCUUGUCAAUGUCCAUCCGUGAGUUUUUUUGCGAAUGACCACAGGUGUUUUAUGUUUUUUUGACCAUUCGAAACUUCAAUCUCAUUCUUUCAGGGAGCUGCCCUCCAAAGUUUUAUCUCAAAUUCUCGAAUUUGUCGAAUUGCAUUCUGAAUCGCGUAAGUUUAUCGCUUGCGUUACUGUAAUCUUACUGUAUUUUUGGUGAAAAAGGGAACUGAACUGUUGUUCGUUUCAAAAUAAAGAGUGUUUCUAUGAAAUUUUGGUCCCAACUUUCGUUUUUUAUGGUUUUUUUAUAAAAGUUCUUAUCUAUUUUGCCCUAAAAUUUCAAAAAAUAUGCGAUAAAAGUAAAGUUCAGCCUCACCAUUAGGUCAAAUGGGUACUUAUUAAACAUCUUGUACAACUACAAUAUUACAUUGCUACUCUUAUUGUCAUUGCAUAUCAUAUAAGAAAUGUCAUUUUAGUCUCGGGAACCGCGUGGUAUGAGAACUUUCUGGAGAUCGCUCCUUAUUUCCCCGCUCGGACGGUGGUCGAUUUGGUAAGUCUUCGGGCCGGAACAAACAGUAUAUGCAUUUCUAUGUUAACAUAUAGCCAUGUAAUAUCGAUGUUUGCAUAAGAUAUCAAAGUAUAACUUCAUAUAGAUAUAUUACAUAGCUGGAGUAUAUAUUAUAUACCUGGAGUCGACAUAUGUUUUCAUGUGGAUACCUGAAGCCAAAGUAUAUUUUCAUACGAAUCUCUGGAGUCAUAUUACCUAGUUUGUUUUAGAUUGUACCUAUUGUUGUGAGCCGUUGCGAACCGAACAGAAAGGCACAGUUAAGAGCAAUUUCGGCUAGGCUUAUCGACAAGUUGAGCGAGAUUGUGCCGGCGGAGAAGUAAGUAUAAAAUCCAUAACAAUAUUGAAAUGUAAAACAAAUUUCUGUCAAUUUUGGGCUCAUUUAAAAAUUUUUUGGAAUUUUUAAGAUCUUUAAUUUUUUGUAAAAUACGCCCUAAGGACUUGGAUUUGUUAACAUAGACGACUAGUAAUACAUUUUUUCAAAUGAUAUUUAAAUUACAGCGUAAAGAAGGACCUUACACCGUGCAUUCAAAUGCUGUCUCAAGAUCCAGCACCUUCAGUACGAACUGAAGUUGCCAAACGGUUGUCGGUGAUCGCUCGAGCUCUAAAGUAAGUUUUCUUAUUAUUUUUUAAAAUAUCUUAUAAUUUUUUAAAUAUUGCAGUAUAAUAUAGUAAAGAAAGGCGUAAAAAUUUAUUUUUAAAAUUAAUUUUUAUCUUGAUGUUAAGGUACUGUAUAAAAAAUCUUAAAUUUUAGUGUAAUAUAGCACUUUUACUUAAUUUCCUCGUUUUUUACAAAGUAUUGGGUAGUUCACAUAAUUUUGUGCUCCUCUCAAAUCAAAUCUUCAGGGUUAUAGGGGCACAUAAUUAUUUGAACAACCUAAUAAUAGCUUUUUUCUCCUUUUAUCACCUAAUCCUUAACAAAGCUGAUAAUGAACAUAUGACUUUGUUGCAGUAACUCCUCCGAAUCGGUCUCCCUCCUACUACCAUCCCUAAUCGAAUUAUGUAAGGAUGACGAUACUCAAGUCAGGGAGUCUAUCUUAACCACUUUGGUCGUAUGUCUACCGUACUUCACAAAGGAAAGUCGUAAAACCGUGAUAGUGCCAUUGUUAAAGCGUUGUGCUGAACAAGCCAUCAUAAUGAGGGAUACGACGCUGACUACGGUAUCGCGACAAUUGGGCGCUUGGUUGGAGGAAUUGAAAGAUCUUUUAAGCCCUCAGGAGCUGAAAUGGUUUCUGGAUAUCUAUGUCAGGGUUACGGAGUUGUGCAUCGAGAAAGAAUCGGUGGUAUCGUUGGCUUGUAAACGGAUGUGCGCUUACAAUUUACCGGUAGGCUAUAUUCAACCAAAGAAACUUUAAAAUUUUGAAAUUCCCGCCAUUGGCAUAGCUUUGUAACUACUAUAAUGUAAUAUUAUUAUAGGUUUUACCUAACAAAUUGUAAAAUUUUAGUGUUUUGUGAAAGCCUUCGCGUUGGACGCAUUCGAAGACCGUCUGAUGCCAAUUUUGGAGAAAUUAGCCCAAGACCAGGACGAAGAAGUGCGAUGUACGAUCGCUUCCGGCUUCCACGAAAUUGUAAAAUACGGCGGUCAUUGCCAUCUCUUAUUGGCUCCGUUCAUGGAGCUAAUCAGAAGUGGGGCUGUGGAUGUUGUUCAGCACUUGACGUCCCAUCUGGACGAGAUCCUGCCACCGUUAUAUCAGAGUUUGAAGACGAACCCUAAUUCUGUAAGCGCUUUUAUGUUAAAGUUGUCAUUAUGACAGGUUUUAGUUGAUGAGGAAGGUAAAAAUAUGAAGUUAUGUCCAAAACUUACAAUUUUCCGGCCCCUUGCCUUUACUAUAACAUUACUUCAGAAAAUCACAGCCGUCCAACUAGAUCGUAUCUUGUUGGGAUGUAAUCGCUUGAUACGAAAUACUGGCUGCUGGAGGGCACACGAGAGUUACCUGUUGAAUAUCAGUGUGAUGCGACAUAUCUUACCCACCAGUGACUUGUAUGUGUCGUUUCUACCAUUGUUCAAACAAGAAGUGCUCACUGCUCGCGCUCUACCGUGCCGUGUCGCUGCCGUGAGAACGUUGUUGUUGAUUAUGAGAGAACUGCCGGAAAAGAAGAACCGAGGGGAGGUUAUUGAGUUCUUCAAUGAAAGUAAGUAGCCUUAAGUAGGAUAUGAUCUAUAGUAAUAUGUUUAGUAUGGUAAUAUAGCCCUUUCAAAUGAGGCUUUUGUUGCUUUGAGAAACUGUAUUUAUAGUAUUAGGUACUGACAUAAAGAACCCGCCACCUUUCCUGUAAAAAUGGCGGGUUCUUUAUGUCGGCACCUAAUAAAAUCAGAAAUGGCGGGGCCAAACCCGUUUUUGAGGCCCGCCUAACCCGGUGUGUACCCAUAACUAACUGAAAUAAGUAAUGGUUGUCUUUUGAAUACUAAUAUUGAUAUGUCUAGCCAUAGCCAAACACGAAAGUUGUCAGCGUCGAAAGCUGGUCAUAAAUGCCGCUGAAGUGGUUUUGGAGCAAUUCAGUAAAGAGUUCUUCAUCAGUAACUUCUUGGACACUGUGAUUAAGCUAGCGAAGGAUCCGGUUUGGAAUAUCAGGUAAAAUACUUUACUUCUACAGCUGUAGUAAGUAUGAAUAUCAGAGGGUAGGAUAGAGUAGAUUUUUUGGUUAUAAUAAGAUAAUGUGUAAGGUUGAAGUUUAUUUUGACACCUAGGUAUACCUUAUGUGAUUACCUCUUCCCUCAGAUCACGAUAUUAUAAUACACACAUUACAGUAACUAUAUUGAUAUACACGUUACAGUAAACUUUCUACAAUCAUUUUACUUUCAGACUGCAAGUGUGUAAAGUGUUUAUAAAAAUAAAAGAACAUUUGAUAUACCCACACGAUGAGCCAACGAUAAACUUGAUGGAGAAGGCUGUCAGAGAGUUACUAGCGGAAGAUACGACUACACACAACCGGCAGAUGGUGCAACAAGUAAGUUCUUCAUACUUUGAAACAGAUUUUUUAAUUAUUGAGUCGUUCAAAUAAUUCCGUGCCCUUAACUCCGGAAAUUUCCUUUAAGAGGGGGCACUGAAUUAUUUGAACAACCUAAUAUAAUAUUUUAUCUAAUUUUGGGAAGGAUAAUAUAAAGUUACUACUUUUUUCUAUAUACAUUAUAUAAAACAUGUCCAUCAGAGCUAAUGUAGCAACCCAUACACGAUACGUGGCUCUAUUAGAGUAAAAACCAUAAACAUACUUUACAUAACAUUUACUGCACCUAAAUUCACCAUAAAAAUAUUAUGUUAUAGUUUGGUUGCGACCUCUCACGUGCUGAAACGAGUACGAGUGACGCUGAGAACAAAAAGAGAUUAGAAGAAGAAGAUAAGUUAUGGAAAGAAGUUGAACCUCAAGUGCCAGCUGUCUUACCCAAGCCUAAAACGACGCUCAGAGAAAUCCCACCCUCACCGACAAAACGUGCCAAGACCCCACCGCCCGUUCCGCCAAAACCAAAAGUGGGCAUCAGAAGGACGUCGUCUGAAACUACCAAUCUUCAGAAGUCAGUUUCACUUCUUUUAUUUACCCUUGAAUGGAAUAUUCCCAGGGUCUUGGGGGUGGGAAGCAGGGGGUAGAUUUUUGAAAACACUCCUCCCCCUAUUAGCACACAUAAAAGUAACCUUUUAAACCAUACUUGAAAGUAGCCAUUCAAUAACAACAUUGCUUUAGGUCAGUGACAAACGAAGCACCCAAACCUCUCACCACUAUAUCAACUACCCAACCUUCCACAUACAGCUCGACCACCAUUCCAAACUGUGCCGUUCCGUGGAAAACGGUGAGGAAGGAAAAGCCUAAAAUGGCCAUUGUUAGGCCUCAACCUCAAGUUGUCGUCACUCAACGUGCCCCAUCUCCCAUGCCUCGAGGCGAAAAGGAUCGAAAGUCACGGUUACCACUUUCGACCGGUCGAUACAAAAGUGCGUCAACGUCGAGAGAAUGCACCCCUGCUCCUGAUUCUAAUCUCAAGAAAUAUGCUCCUAGAGGUGAGGGUCUUGUUGUUGUAGUAGACAGAAGAUGGCGCGGUCAAAAAGUUCCUAGAAUUAGUUUUUGUGUCAAAUUUAUGACAAACCUACCGCAAGUCUAACCAAAAUCAAUUCAAUCGCUCGUAUUUUACUCAAUUUCUACCAUUCUAAAUAUCACUUCCUCACUUUCAGACAGCAGUAAACCCCCACUAGCACUCCGGAGAUCGGCCACCACCUCAAACGCCCUCUCCAACAUCUCAUCUUCACCAUCUAGUCCGAUGAGCAGAUCCACUGAUACGGAUCUCUCUUCAUCCUCACGAUCCUCCAGCAUAAGAAGACCGUACAGCCUUCUGAAGGUACAAAGUACAAGCUCAAUCGACAGAAAACCAGGUCACAUGUCACUCCGGGUCACCAGUAUGACAUAAACGAAUGAACUCAUGUUACACUUGUUGUUACUAUAAAUUUCUAACAAUUUCAACGGGUUUUGUACAUUUCAAUACUUUUGGAAUGUAAAGUACGUCCUCAUUCAAACACACCUUAAAUUUUAAUCGAUCUUUGGCUCAAAACUAAUGGUAACAGCUCUACUAUACCUAUAUUAUACUAUGCUCACAUUAGCUUUUCGUCGAUUUCUAAGCCAAACACAGAACAAUAAAGUUGAAAAGGUUACCAUAGAUAAUAAAAAAACAUAAAAACACAUAAAUUUAAAAGCAGCACAUUAAAUUAAUCGACCAAAACUAUUAUAAAACAUAUUAUAGUAGCUACCAGAAGUAAAUUCGUCGUCAAAAAUGCUCCACAACCUUCAAAUAACCCUAUUCCUAAUCAUGCUUCUUUGCUUUACACUUGCUACACAUGGUAAGACCAUAAGAUCAAGUAAUUUGAAGGUUAAAGUGCUAUUUUAAAGACUUACAUUAUGUUGUUAUAGGUCUGCAAACUUGCUCAACUCAAGGCGAUUGUGAAGUCGGAAUGACGUGUGUCAAGAACAGCAAAGGUGGUGUAUGUGUCAAGAAGGUUCCUAUCUAA